AUGCUCAGUCACAUGUGGAAAUGUCUUCGUAAGACACAAGUCAAGUAUCAAGUAAAGAAAAUUAUUACGUUUCUCCCUAAAGACAUAAGCAACCAAAAUUACCGAGCAGUCUUCAGUUUUUCUGGAAUCAGUGACGUGAAGAAGGAAUGUUCUGGGAGGAAGCUAGUUCGGUAAUCCGUCGAAUAAAUGUGUGAUAUGGUUUCUGACGUUGAUAAUUGGAAGAAAUUUGUUCCAUUGUGUAAGAAAUCUGUAGUUUUCUCAAAACGAUCAGGUCAUUUGAAGGCUGGUCUUGUUAUUGAUUUUCCUCCAGUUAAUGAAAGCCACACAUCAAGUUUACCUCUUGCGAAACCACGCCUGGUGAGAGCAGUGGCCGGCCGCGAAGGAAAACCAUUUCUUCAUUUGCUAACGAUAUGGAAAUUUAAUCCUUCUUUUAAAAAUAAUCUUAACUCUUGCAUUAUUGAUUUUUCUGUACCUUUAGAAUUUCGAUCGACAUUGCAUUCACAGCUUUCCUAUAUAUUUCUCAGUCAUAUAGUCAGACAAAUGGAGGGUGCCUUUCUGACAGAAGCAAAAAGACGCUAUGGGAAGGCAUCGCUUCAGAGAAAAAUAAUUGGCGUAGUUUAA